CUCAAGUGUACAGCACAGAGAACAGAAGUGAGUGCAAGGCCCACGGUGAUCAGAGCAUAUUCUACAAGAUAGAGAACAUUGAUCAUAGAUGGCAGCUUUGAACCUUUCUUCAGUGGCUGAUUUUAUCCUUGAAGGCUUAACAAGCAGGCCCGAGCUUCAGCUGCCCCUCUUCUUCUUGUUUCUUGGGAUAUACGUGGUCACAGUGGUGGGGAACCUGGGCAUGAUCCUCUUGAUCGCCACCAGCUCCCCUCUGCACUCUCCUAUGUAUUAUUUCCUCAGUCAUUUGUCCUUCAUCGACCUCUGCUACUCCUCCGUCAUUACCCCGAAGAUGCUGGUGAACUUCGUGUCCGAGAAAAACGUCAUCUCCUUUCUAGAGUGCAUGACGCAGCUCUACUUCUUCCUGGUUUUUGUCAUUGCUGAGGGCUACCUGCUGACGGCCAUGGCGUAUGACCGCUACGUGGCCAUCUGCAGCCCCCUGCUCUACAGCGCCGUCAUGUCCCACAGGGCCUGCUCUGUCAUGAUGGCCGUGGUGUACUCGCUGGGUUUGUUUGGGGCCACCGUCCACACCACGCGCAUGACCAUGCUGUCCUUCUGUGGGUCUCAUGUCAUCAGCCAUUACUUCUGUGACAUUCUGCCCUUGCUGACCCUGUCCUGCUCCAGCACCCGCAUCAAUGAGACACUGCUGUUUAUUAUCGGAGGGGUCAACACCUUAGCGCCCACCCUGGCUGUCCUGGUCUCUUACGCUUUCAUCCUGUCUAGUAUUCUCCGUAUUCGCUCCACAGAGGGGCGGUCCAAAGCUUUUGGCACGUGUAGCUCCCACCUCAUGGCUGUGGGCAUCUUUUUUGGAUCUAUAACAUUCAUGUACUUCAAGCCCCCUUCCAGUGACUCCAUGGAACAAGAGAAGGUAUCAUCUGUGUUCUACACCACAGUGAUCCCCAUGCUGAACCCCCUCAUCUACAGCCUGAGGAACAAGGAUGUGAAAACCGCGUUGAGGAAGGUGGCCGGGGGAGGCAAUCCUCCUAACAGACAAAGCACACGGGGGCAGGCUCCCGGCAGGCUCUUCCUGAUGAAGUGUGCGUUCCCUGUGUGAGAAUGAGUGAGGCCUGCGAGGUUGGGUUUGAGACUGAUCUACAGUUCACGGCUUAUCAGAGUGUAAUGUUUCCAAUAGUGAAUAUAAUAUCUGGAAAUGUUUCAGAGAUGUAGGAGUUGGCAGAAAAUGGAAGGCAAUUGGACAUCAACACUUCUAUCAUUACGGUAGUGAUAUUGCUCUCUUCCACUGGAAACUAGACAUGAUGUUAUCGUAUAGGA